UCAGUUUCAGUUUAGAUACCUGGCAAUGAGGAGGAUAGCCCAAAUAUACAACUGGUACGCCGUGGUGGUCGGCAUGACUUCGUACGUGAGUACCAGUGCCAACAAAGGAUUUCGGCAGACAAGGAUAUCGCAGGCCUACGCCUUGGUCCUCAAUCUGGUCGUCGUGAUCUUCUUGCCGAUGGCGUUAUGGAGGGCAGCUCGUUUCCAGAGCCUGGCCAAGUGGCUGCCGAAGUUUAUGUGGAUUACGCCGUACGUCCUCUAUUCGGUCAACUACGGCGUAACUUUCUACACGCUGAUUUCAAGAUCCCACCGGGACGCGAUCUUAAUGGACCUCCACGUCAUGGUGUUGAAACUGAAUCGCGAAUUCAAGCGCAGUGGGAAGCAGAUGGAUCCCAUCCUCCGCAGGGUCUUCUACAUAAAAUCCUUUACAUUGUCGUACUUGUGCUGGGGCUAUUUUCUGUCGGUCUUUAUUUUCCAAUGGGGGCUGACUUGGAAAUAUUUUUUGGACGCUCUACUCAUUAGCACGGCGUACAGCAUCCUCUUUUGCAAUACCUACUUCUACUUUGUGUCGUUCUGGCAAAUCGCCAAAGGAUUCGACUUGGUGAACCAGCAGCUCGUCGAGAUUGUCGCUGGACGGCUGGAUAGCCGGGCCGAGGAGAUCCGCAGUCUGUGGGCUUUGCACGCGGAUCUCUGCCGGGCCAUACACCGGAUAAACAGGCACUACGGGCCCCAAAUGCUAUUUUCCCGGUUCGAUUACUUCAUUUUCACCGUUCUGAACGGGUACAUGGGCACGGUCUAUUCCCAUUUCGAAGACUCCGAGUUUUGGCACAAGUUCUAUGGAGCGUGUAUAUUUUGGAUACGCAGUGUGGACUUUUUCUUGAACGACUACAUCUGGCCCGUGGUCACCCAGUACCAGAGGGGCCCAGGGAUCAUCCACAUAGAGGAUGACUUGACUCGGGAGCUGAGUUCCUACUUGAUCUGUAAAGGAAGCAUGAAGCUAAACCUACGGGCUUGUGGUCUGUACUCGGUUAGCACGAACCUGUGGCUGAAUAUGAUGGGAUCCAUAGUGGUUCACACGGUACUAAUGGCUCAAUUUCAUUUGGCCAGGAGCUAA